AUGGAGAAGGAUAUCACGACAGAAAUGGCAGCCCUGGACAAUCCGUUCCUUGAUACGUCAAAUCCAUUUAUCGACCCAAACUCGCCCCAAUUCAAACAAAAAGAAUGGUUGCGCGUGGUCACCAGCCUCAAGUCUCGAGAUCCCGACCGAUUCCCCGAGAGACUCGCAGGUGUGGCCUUCCAGGACCUCUCGGUCGAUGGGUUCCGCGAGGAUACCGAUUAUCAAAGGACUUUUGGCAACUACCCAUUGGCACUGCUCACCGCCGCUAAGAAACUGAUAGGCCAGACCAGAAAGAUUCGCGUUCACAUUCUGCGAGACUUCGAUGGCCUGGUGAAAAAUGGUGAAAUGGUUCUUGUCUUGGGUCGACCCGGAAGUGGGUGCUCAACGCUACUGAAGACUCUCGCUGGCGAGACUCAGGGCUUACACGUUUCAAAGCAGGCCUAUGUUAACUACCAAGGCUGUCCUAGAGACAAAAUGCACAGGGAAUUCCGAGGAGAAUGCAUCUACCAAGCCGAGCUUGACCACCACUUUCCACAAUUGACAGUUGCACAGACACUCGAGUUUGCGGCUCGAGCAACGACGCCUCGCAGUCGUCUCCCAGGCGUCAGCCGAGAUAUGUACGCAAUGCACCUGCGAGAUGUUACCAUGGCUACUUUCGGCCUCACCUCAGCAGCGAAUACAAUGGUUGGUAAUGACUUUAUUCGGGGUAUUUCUGGAGGUGAAAAGAAGCGAGUCACCAUCGCAGAAGCUGCGAUUGCUGGAAGCCCUCUGCAAUGUUGGGAUAAUAGUACUCGCGGCCUUGACAGUGCUACCGCUCUCGAAUGUAUACAGACAUUGAGAACAUCCACAGACCUGACUGGCGCCUCGGCGGUAGUCACGCUCUAUCAAGCUUCACAAUCUAUCUACGAGGUUUUCGACAAAGUUACUGUCCUUUACGAAGGACGCCAAAUAUACUUUGGUCACAUUGCCAAGGCCAAAGCAUUUUUCAUCAACCUCGGUUUCGAAUGUGCACCGCGCCAAACGACGAGCGAUUUCCUCACAUCCGUAACAAAUCCUGCUGAACGAAUGGUUCGAAAAGGGUUCGAAGGGAAGACUCCACGUACACCGGAUGAGUUCGCCGCUGUAUGGCAGCGCAGCGAGGAGCGAGCAACACUGUUGCAGGAAAUCGCCGACUUCGAUGCGGAGUAUCCAAUUGGUGGAGCCUCGUUUGGGCGAUUCAAGUCAUCGCGGAGAGCCAUGCAAGCGAAUACACAACGGGCGAAAUCGGCUUAUACUCUUUCACUACCAAUGCAGAUCAAGUUGUGCAUGGGGAGAGGGUAUUUGAGAUUAAAAGGGGACAUGGCCAAUAGUAUCAUUGGUAUAAUGUUCAAUGCUGUCGUGGCACUUAUAAUUGGCAGCGUCUUCUACAACCUCCAGAACAAUACAAGCUCGUUAUAUAGCCGUGGAGCGCUGUUGUUUUUCGCUGUUCUAUUGGCAGCACUUGCCAGCGUCAUGGAGAUCUUUGCACUAUACGCACAACGUCCUAUUGUAGAGAAGCAGGCGCGAUAUGCCUUCUGUCACCCCUUUGCUGAAGCCAUUUCGUCAAUGAUCUGCGACCUUCCGAAUAAAAUCGGCACAGCUAUCGUGUUCAAUCUCGUACUAUACUUCAUGACAAACCUACGGCGUACGCCUGAACAUUUCUUCGUAUUCCUGCUUUUUACAUUUUCGUGUACAUUGGCCAUGUCCAUGUACAUUCGUGCUAUCGCUGCUCUGUCUCGCACGUUUCCUCAGGCAAUGGUUCCGACAUCGAUUUUCACUCUGGCAUUCAUCAUCUAUACAGGUUUCACCAUUCCUAUCAAAGAAAUGCACCCAUGGUUCCGCUGGAUUAAUUACCUUAAUCCUGCCGCUUACACUUUCGAAUCUCUUAUGAUAAAUGAGUCAUCUGAACGCAUUUGCACCACCACGGGUUCCCGAGCUGGGGAAAGUUUUGUCGAUGGCGACACAUACCUCGAUAUCAAUUUCCAGUAUACCCGUGACCAUCUCUGGAGAAAUCUGGGCAUCAUACUUGCUUUGACGGUUUUUGGCUGCGCUGUCUAUCUCAUAGCCGCAGAAUACGUGUCGGAAGAACGAUCAAAAGGAGAAAUCUUGCUCUUUCGAAGGAUGCAGAAACCUGCCACUCGAUCAAGAUUGGACGAGGAAUCGAAUAGCUCCGGCACGAGGGUGGACAAAAUGUCCAAUUCUGCACCAGACACGGCACUGCAAACUCCUGCUCAUAUUCAAAAGCAGACGUCAGUGUUCCAUUGGGAUGAUGUUUGCUACGAUAUCAAGAUCAAGAAAGAGGAGCGACGGUUAUUGGAUCACGUUGAUGGCUGGGUUCGGCCUGGUACUUUGACGGCUUUGAUGGGUGUCACGGGUGCAGGAAAAACCACACUGCUGGACGUCUUGGCCGACCGCGUUACCAUGGGUGUCAUCAGCGGCGAAAUGCUCGUCGACGGACGCCCGCGAGACAUGGGUUUCCAACGCAAGACCGGCUACGUACAGCAACAGGAUCUCCACCUUGCGACUGCAACCGUACGGGAAGCCCUCGUCUUCAGCGCUGUUUUACGCCAGCCGGCUGCAACACCGCACCAUGAAAAGGUUGCGUAUGUCGACGAGGUGAUUCAAGUUCUCGAAAUGGAGUCUUAUGCCGAUGCGAUCAUUGGCGUUCCAGGUGAAGGUUUGAAUGUCGAUCAGCGUAAACGUUUGACAAUCGGAGUUGAAUUGGUUGCUAAGCCUGCCUUGCUUCUCUUCCUGGAUGAACCUACUUCUGGACUUGACAGCCAGGGUGCUUGGGACAUUAUUAUCCUUUUGCGCAGGCUCGCCGAUCAUGGCCAAGCUGUUCUUUGCACGAUACACCAGCCAUCCGCAAUCCUGUUCCAACAAUUUGACCGACUCUUGCUUCUGGCAAAAGGUGGCAAGACAUUGUACUUUGGUCCCAUUGGCGAAUCUUCCAAGACAUUCACCGGCUACUUUGAACGCAACGGGGCUCGAACCUGCGGCCCUGAUGAAAAUCCCGCAGAAUGGAUGCUCGAAGUCACAGGCGCUGCUUCAGGCUCUCAAUGCUCGCAGGAUUGGGUUGCCAUCUGGAACGAAUCAGCGGAGCGUAGGACUGUGAAGACAGAACUUGCACAGAUGAGGGAGAAGCUUUCUCUUCAGUCACCGAGAAUUGAUGAUCCGGAUGCGCUUCGUCCUUUUGCUACGAGCUUCACAACUCAGUUACGCGUUGUGCUUCCUCGAGUGUUCCAACAAUACUGGCGGACACCGUCGUACUUGUAUUCGAAAGCAGGACUUGGUGUUCUCAGUGGUCUGUUCAUCGGCUUCUCCUUCUGGAAAACACCCAACUCGCUGCAGGGAAUGCAAAACCAGCUCUAUGCUAUCUUCAUGCUGAUGAGCAUCUUCACUACUUAUUGCAACCAAAUCACGCCCAACUUCCUGGCCCAGCGAGCCUUGUACGAAGUCCGGGAGCGCCGUUCCAAGACAUUCUCGUGGCAGGUGUUCAUGCUGUCGAAUAUUCUGGUCGAGUUGCCGUGGAAUGCGCUCAUGGGACUGCUGGUCUUUGUCACCUGGUACUACCCGAUUGGAUUGCAUAGGAACGCCAUUGCGGCCGAUCAGGUCUCGGAACGCGGAGGUCUCAUGUUCUUGUUCAUCAUGGCCUUCUUGGUGUAUGCCGGCACAUUGUUACACAUGGUCAUUGCAGGCGUCGAAACGGGGGAAGCUACUUCGAUGAUUAUCAACCUGCUCUUCUCUCUCUCGCUCAUCUUCUGCGGUGUCCUCGCCACCCCCGAAGCCCUCCCCGGUUUCUGGAUCUUCAUGUACCGCGUCUCUCCCCUCACCUACUUCGUCUCGGGCAUUCUAUCCGUCGGCCUCGCCAACGCACCCAUAACCUGCGCUCCCGAAGAACUCCUCCGCUUCUCCCCGCCCCCGCUAACAACCUGCGUCGAAUACCUUGCGCCCUACAUGGAGUCACAGGGCGGCUACCUAGUUCCCGAAAGUAUGAACUCAACCACAUCGUGCGUCUUUUGCUCCGGCAGCGACACGAAUGUCUUCCUCGAGAGCGUCAGCUCCGAGUACAAGGACCGCUGGAGGAAUUUUGGCGUCACGUGGGCGUUUAUCGUGUUUAAUACGGUAGCGGCGAUUGGCCUGUAUUGGCUUGCGCGCGUGCCAAAGAAGACAAAAGUGCAAAAGGCUGAUUAG